GGCUCUGUACACCUACGAGGAUGAGUCUGACGACCUGAAGCUGGCUGCAUCGGGAGGAGGCGGCUUGCAGGAGCUCGCUGGCCACUUCGAGAACCAGAAGGUGAUGUACGGCUUCUGCAGUGUCAAAGAGCCCCAGGCAGCGCUGCCCAAAUACGUCCUGGUCAAUUGGGUCGGGGAGGAUGUGGCCGAUGCCCGCAAGUGCGCCUGUGCCAGCCACGUGGCCAAGAUCGCAGAGUUCUUCCAGGGUGUGGAUGUGAUCGUCAAUGCCAGCAGCGUGGAGGACGUGGACCCGGGGGCCAUUGGACAGCGCCUCUCCAACGGCCUGGCUCGCAUCUCCAGCCCCGUGCUGCACCGCCUGCGGCUGCGAGAGGAUGAGAACACCGAGCCCGUGGGCACGACCUAUCAGAAGACCGAUGCGGCUGUGGAGAUGAAACGGCUCAACCGGGAGCAAUUCUGGGAACAGGCCAAGAAGGAGGAGGAGCUGCGGAAGGAGGAGGAGCGGCAGAAGGUGCUGGAGGAGCGGCUGCGCUUUGAGCAGGAGCGCAUGGAGCAGGAGCGCAUGGAGCAGGAGGAGCGGGAGAGGCGCUAUCGGGAGCGCGAGGAGCAGAUUGAGGAGCACAGGCGGAAGCAGCAGACUCUGGAGGCGGAAGAGGCCAGGCAGCGUCUGCAGGAACAGUCCAUCUUCGGCGAGCAGCAGCACGAGGAGGAGAAUGGGCAGGAGCUCAAGAAGUCGGAGUCAGAAGUGGAGGUGAGUGUUUGGCCCGGAGCUGCUCUCCCCCUCCCCCCCCCGGAGGGGCCGGGCAGAGUCAGCCCAUGGAAGGGCAGUUGUGGGUUUAGGGAUGUGUUCGGAGGCCAGGCCAUGGCAGGGUGGGAUUUGCCCCCCGGGGUGUGGCCCCCACCCACACUGCUCCUCCCCGUUCACGGUGGCACUGGAGGGGGGCUGGGCGCUAGAGCUGGGAGACUGACCGUUCUCUUUGCUUUCUCUGUCUCCGUGCGUCUGUCUGUCUUUCUCUCAGCAGGUCGUCUGCACUGUCCUUUCAUAAAGACACCUGACAGUGGGCCGCCUUCCUCCUCCUCCUCCUCUUCCUCCCCCCCGCGGACCCCCUUCCCCUAUGUCACCUGCCACCGCACACCAAACCUCUCCUCCUUCUUCCCAUGCAGCCAGUCGGAUGCUCACAGAAAGGCCUCGGCCGUGGGCUGCAGCCCCUGUGACUCCAGCCCGGCCUCCACACCCGUCGGGGAGCAGAUCGAGAGGGCGCUGGACGAAGUGACGCAGCAGGCCCCGUGGAAAGACUCGCCCGGACCCAGCAGCGAGGCGCCGGCACCGCUGAUGGCAGACGAGCUGCCUGGGGACCCUGAGUGGACAGCGGCGCAGGGGGGUGGGCUGGGCCCCACCGAGGACCUUGUGUUCCUGGAGCCCAGAGAGCCGCUGCUGUUCCCCGUGGCCGUGCUGCCCGCAGAGGGCGAGUCCUCGGGCCCCGCGCAGCCCCCCGGCUCCAGCCCCGAGAGCCUUAUCGACCUGUGGCAGAACGACAGCACCACCCCGCCCGCUGCCUGGGAGCUGGCCACACCUGCGCCGUCGGGGCCCCCUGCGCCCCUCCUGGUGGAGGUGGAUGUGCCCCCAGCCACCCCCGCAGCCCCCGCCCCCCCUGACGACAACCUGCUGAACUUCGACGAGCUGCCCGAGCCACCGGCCACCUUCUGCGACGCGGAGCAGGAUGAGGAGCCGGCCAGCCUCAUUGCCAUGGAGGGGCCGCACCAGAUGACGCUCAGCUACCAGCAUGCCCUGCAGGAGGCCGCCGGCGGGCAGCAGGUCCCCGAUCCCCAGCUGCUGACCAACGGAGAGAUGGCCCAGAAGGAAGGAGUGCAGGCCAGCGAGGGCUACUUCAGCCAGUCGCAGGACGAAGAGUUCGGCCCGGUGGAGACGUCUGCCAAAACUCCUCCUGCUGUGUUCUACGCCAAGCCCCCCGAGAUCGACAUCACCUGCUGGGAUGCCGACCCGGUGCCUGAGGACGAGGAGAGCUUUGGGGGCAGCGUCUAAGGCUGGGCCCUGUGCGCGUCAGACCCCCCGGGACCGCCACCGUGAGAUCCCAGCAGUGCAAGACGGCCACAGCGAGGGGCCCAGCCCCAUCCCUCUCCGUCUGCGUGUGCCCCUGGGCCCGGCUGGACGGGCCAGCCCCGAGGCACCCCUGCCCCCGCAGGGCAACUUUUACAGCUUUCCUCUCUCUCUCUCUCUCUCUCUCUCUUUUUUUUAAAAGUUGUCUCACUAGGAGCCAUGUGGGUCCGCCCGCCCCCCUUCCCUUAUAGUUCCCUGCUCCCCCACCCUGCCGCUCCUGCCUCUUUGCGUUGAGCUUGUAUAUUUCUGCGUGCCCCUCAGCUCCCCCGACCCUGGUGCCCUGAGGGAGGCUGGGCAGCUGGUGCUCUGUGCAUGGGGCAGGGGCCUCGUUCGCCUCUCCCCCGCUGGCUCUGCCCAGAGCCCUGAGAACUUUGCACGAAUCAAAAAUAAAUAUGGCAAUAAAAUGACCCUGUGUGGGUGCGGCUCUGGCUGGCUGCAGCCCCCCCUCACUUCAGCUGCGCCCCAAGGUGCUUGUGCAGCCGAGCCCCGCCCCCCCAGGGGAAGGUGUUAUGCACCCCUAGGGUGGGGGCUAGGAGAGAGCUAGUGCCCGGCUGUCUCAGCUGAAAGGACCCUGCCAGUCUCAGUAGGAGACUAUGUGGCAACCCCCCAGACUGUCAGCCCCCUGCGCCCCCCCCUCUGCUUUGUCCCCCCUUGCUUGGUCCCCUUCUCAAGUACAGUAACUGGUUUUUUUGAAAGCACAAAUUGUGUAUUGGCAACGUGCUAAUGUAUGUUAAUAAAUAAAUCGCCUCCACCCUG